GCUCGCUUCUCAUAUGUGCGGAUGAAAUAUCUCUUCUUUUCCUGGUUGGUGGUUUUUGUUGGAAGCUGGAUUAUAUAUGUGCAAUACUCCACCUAUACAGAACUAUGCAGAGGAAAGGACUGUAAGAAAAUAAUAUGUGACAAGUACAAGACUGGAGUUAUUGAUGGGCCUGCAUGUAAUAGCCUUUGUGUUACAGAAACUCUUUACUUUGGAAAAUGCUUGUCUACGAAGCCCAACAAUCAGAUGUAUUUAGGGAUUUGGGAUAAUCUGCCAGGGGUUGUGAAAUGUCAGAUGGAACAAGCACUUCAUCUUGAUUUUGGAACUGAAUUGGAACCAAGAAAAGAAAUAGUGUUAUUUGAUAAACCAACUAGAGGAACUACUGUACAGAAAUUCAAAGAAAUGGUCUACAGUCUCUUUAAAGCAAAAUUGGGUGACCAGGGAAACCUCUCUGAGCUGGUUAAUCUCAUCUUGACGGUGGCUGAUGGAGACAAAGAUGGCCAGGUUUCCUUGGGAGAAGCAAAGUCAGCAUGGGCACUUCUUCAAUUAAAUGAAUUUCUUCUGAUGGUGAUACUUCAAGAUAAAGAACAUACCCCCAAAUUAAUGGGGUUCUGUGGUGACCUCUAUGUAAUGGAAAGUGUUGAAUAUACCUCUCUUUAUGGAAUAAGCCUUCCAUGGGUCAUUGAACUUUUUAUUCCAUCUGGGUUCAGAAGAAGCAUGGAUCAGCUGUUCACACCAUCGUGGCCCAGAAAGGCUAAAAUAGCCAUAGGACUUCUAGAAUUUGUGGAAGAUGUUUUCCAUGGCCCCUACGGAAACUUCCUCAUGUGUGACACUAGUGCCAAAAACCUAGGAUAUAACGAUAAGUAUGAUUUGAAAAUGGUGGACAUGAGAAAAAUUGUGCCAGAGACAAACCUGAAAGAACUCAUAAAGGAUCGCCACUGUGAGUCUGAUUUGGACUGUGUCUAUGGCACGGAUUGUCGAACUAGCUGCGAUCAGAGCACAAUGAAGUGUACUUCAGAAGUGAUACAGCCUAACUUGGCAAAAGCCUGUCAGUUACUCAAAGACUACCUAUUGCGUGGUGCUCCAAGUGAAAUUCGUGAAGAAUUAGAAAAGCAACUUUAUUCUUGUAUUGCUCUCAAAGUCACAGCAAAUCAAAUGGAAAUGGAACAUUCUUUGAUACUAAAUAACCUAAAAACAUUAUUGUGGAAGAAAAUUUCCUACACAAAUGACUCUUAAUUCAUUUGGACAUUGUGACCACUGUAGGAAACUUACCACUUGAGCAUCUAAAAAGUGACUUGAUUGAAAUCCCUUCCGGUUAUACAAAACUACUCUCCUAUUCUAAGCCAUCAUCUUAAAAUACAUGUCUAUUGCUGGAUGGCAGGAUAUAAAGGAUCAACAGAUCCCCAAAAAUUUCAUCCCUGCUUUCAGAAGCCCUCGUACAUUUUCCAGUACAUUCACUGUGUAACUAUUUUGACUUAAAAUAAUGCUGUGAAGCCUCAUUUCAUAAUCAACAGUGAGAGUAUUUUGUAGAUGUUAGCCAAAAUACCACUGCUGGAAACAUUUGUUUGCAUUGAAGCUGCUGUUUAAAAUUUAUACAUAAAUUUACUAAUGUCUUAGCAUGGUAAAGUUUGCACAUUAACAGAAAUGAAGACUGCAAAGCAGAUAAAUUAAAAUUACUGGUUUAUAAACAGAUGUUACUAGUAUGCUUUGUAUUAGACUUAAAACACAUUUUAACUCAAACAUUAUGUGGCUUCAGAAUGUUUCAAGUGGCUCUUACCAAGCCUCUUAAAAUUCAAAACUUACCAGUAAAUGUUUUAUUUAGCAACAUGUAAC